AUGGGCAUAUCUCUAUGGCUUAGUUUUCGGAAGAAAACCCGAAGAGCUAAUGACAUUCUUCCUGUAUUACAAGCUGUUGCAGAGGUGAUUAAAAAGACGAGUGUUGAUCAGGUUUCAGCAAACAAUGGUGGUAUGACAGCCAUUAAUGAUAAAUUUACUGACACAGAUUUGGAGAAGGUUCACAAUUACUGGUUCGUUUACCCGGUAGAUUACGGUCGCCCUGGCCCAGAGGUACAUAUGGUUGAAUGGCUAAAGAUGAUGGUUCAACUCAGACGUUCCGAGGAAGUAGUGGAUCCUAACUUAGAGACUAGACCGCAAACUAGUGCUCUCAAACGAGCAUUGUUGACUGCUUUGAGAUGUGUCGACCCAGAUGCAGAUAUAAGACCAAAGAUGAGUCAGGUUGUUCGCAUGCUUGAAUCAGAGGGUCAUCCCCUUCCUCGAGAGGUUUGA